UGUCUGUGUUGCAGGCAUGAUGGGAGUGUUCCAGACCAGCCUCCUCCUGUGUCUUCUCAGUGGAAGCCUCCAUCUGAACGAGGCUGCAGACAACGCUUGGGGAGUAAACUAUGGGCUGAUGGAGGUGACUGCAACAGAGGGAGCAGAGGUGGAACUCCCCUGCACUUUCUGGUUCCCCUCAGGACAAGGACCCGUUGUACGACAAUGGUGGCUGAGAGAUGGAAAAAAAGCCACAGCAGAUAACAUCGUCUACAGCUACACGCCAACACAGGUGGCUGUGAGCUACAUAGAGCGGACCUCCUUGAGCUGCGCUCUCAAGAUCAAGAAUGUCGCAGUCUCAGAUGCCACCACCUACUACUUCAGAUUUGAGUUGGAGACCGAGGGAUACACUGGGACACCAGGAGUUCAGCUUCGUGUGAAAUGCGGUGCUGGGUUGACUGCUGACUUUGCGAGCUACAGGCCCUCGGUGGCGGUGCGGGAGGGAGACCGGGUGCUUCUGCCCUGCGCCUUCUGCUUCUCGUGGAGUCGCAGUGACCACGGCGUGAAGGGCUUCUGGCUCAUUAACGAUGCCUUUGACGAGACAAAGACAGAGAACAUCGUCUACAGCUCAGUGAGCAACACCAGCCCCAUAGAUGGGUACAGGGGGAGAGUGGCGCUGGUGGGGAAUCUGAGGUCGGGGAGCUGCUCCCUGGAGAUCAGAGACGUGAGGAUGGGAGACUCGAAGACAUAUUUCUUCCGCGCUAUCAUCGAUCUAACUAAGUUCAGUGACGGUGCAGGCAUUGCAAUAACAGUCUUUAACAGGUCAUUCACUCCCAAGACUGAGGGAAGCAAGAGACUGAUCAAGAAAGUGGGGACACGAGCCACUCUGAACUGCAGAACCACGAGCUCCCAGCAAGCAGUCAACUUUCAGUGGUGGAAGUACAGAUCAGACGGUCAGUACGAGAGGUUGUCCGAGAGCAGCAGGCAUCUGAUCUUGGAAGCUGUGGCUGUAAAAGACGUGGGCUGGUACGAAUGUGAUGCGUGGAGCUCAACAACAAACAGCGAAGAUUCAUGGACGGAGCUGCAGGUUUUCUCCUUUCUACGGGCCCAGUCAGUGCUCCGUGCCACCGUGCUGGCCACCCUGGGCUGCAGCGUGGACACCGUGGUCCCCAUGGACUCUGUCACCAUCCGCUGGGUCUUGGACGACGUCGUCAAGUGGACAAACUCAAGUGGACAAACUCAGUUUAACACGUGGACAAACUCAACCUCCCGGAGUCAAUCUCCAGACGGGACGUUUACCGUGACGAACCGGCUCAGCUUCACCCCAUCAGCCGAGGACAAUGGAAGGAAAUGUCGCUGUGAGGCUUCGGGAGGCGACCUGGCCUCAACGAUGGUCCAAAAAUUCAUCCUGGACGUGAAGUACGCCCCGGUGAACACAACGGCAUCUGUUCAUUCUGCUCCUCGUCUCCCGAGGGUGGAGUCUGGUGACGACGUCACCUUGAAGUGCCUCGCCCACGGUAACCCGAAUUUUACGUCGUUCAGCUGGAGCAGGGAGCCACCAAGCGGCCGCCAGCUCCUCCAUAAUCACACAGAUGGCGCCUGGCUUCUGAAGAACGUCACGGCGGAGGACUCGGGGCGCUACGUCUGCGUGGCGUCUAAUAGCGAGGGCCCCGGGACUCCCGCUCACCUCGACCUGGACGUGCAGUAUGCACCGGUGGUGGUGAACGUGUCUCAAGAUGAGACGUGUGGGGGUGGAGGUGACCUGUGCCUCCGAUGUGAGGUGAAGGCAAAUCCUCGUGCCAACAUCACCUGGAGGCACGUGGGGAGCGAUGCAUCUCAAUGGAUCAAGACCCAGGAUGGGGAUGGAACCAUGACCCGGAGCUCCGUGGUCAUGAAGCGAUCACAGGAGCUGAAUGUGACCUGUGUGGCGACAAACGAAGUCGGCGAGACUGAGGCCAUGUUUCACAUUCAAGGGCCGGUGUCUGCAUCCUGGGCCCUGCACGUGGCGACCGGUGUGGGGGUCGCCCUCCUCCUGCUGCUGCUUCUCUCCGCGCUCUGCUGGCGAGGAGGAGUGCUGGCCGCCAUGAUGAAACGUCGCAAGGCGGAGCCAGCUGCUCUCUUUCAACUCGGAGACCACAUGGGGCCUGAUGGAGGAGCAAUGGAGGCUCACGAGAGGGUGGCACAGCCCAGCGCGGAUGGAUCGGCAGGAGAUGGAGCCCUGUCCAUGGCAGUCUCCCAGUUGCCACUCUACUGCAAUCUGCGGAGGGAGCUGGACCCGGGCCCCUGCUCUCAGCCACACCCCCGUAUACAUCUCCCUGGUGACUCAGCGGGGCCCUCAGUCCCAAAUGCCAACACUGACUGCCUGUACAGCGUCGUGGGCAUGGCCGCCCAGGCUGAGGAACCUCAGCCCGGGGCCCUGUACAGCGAAGUGAACCGCAAGCGAGCCACGCCAGGGCCCACAAGCGAGGAGGCCACCCUCUACAGCACGGUGCGCCCGACGGGCGCUGGUGGCCACCGCGGUCCAUCCGCUAGCGCCAGCGGUGCUACAGUUGGAGAGGGAGGGGGGGCGGCGACCGCUGGCGGCGUUGAAGAUGCGGAUGAGCAGACGGAUACGCUGGUGUACGCCAGCCUGGAUUUUGGCGCAACCUCGGGUCUCCCUUGAGGGAAUCGAAAAUCAAAAGCUGCUUCUGCGGCAUUGUCAUGCUGCACAAGUCAUGGAGAUGGCAUGACUCUGGCGGAGCCAAUGACUGGAGUUAACCCACACCUCAUGUGCUCACCUUGAAAUAUAAUGGGAUAACUUUAUUGAGCAUGUCUGGUUAAAUUCUAGAAUACGUACUGCCCUUAUCACAGCCAUCUGCUCGUGGGUUUCAACAGCAAAUAAAUUUGCUGUGCUCUUUAUCACGAAGUAAAAUGCCCACCAGAGGGAUCUAGUAUCAGAAUCUUAAUUUAUCCUGGAGAAAUCCGAUGAGCUAUGAAGCCCUUUUUCAAAAGUUAUCCAGUAGCCUACAGGAUUGUGUUGGUGGCGUGCGCAUAGCUCAGUUAGGGCCACUACUGAUUGGCUCGUGUGGGCUGUGAGGCUGGGCAGCCGGAUCAGAGAUCCCAGACUGCUAACCAACUUGGAUGAGAAUACGUUUAUUGUUUAUUUACUUGUCAGACAGUUAUCUUAAAUUUAGAAGAAAUUAAAUCGUAUAUUUUGAGUGUGGCAUCAUUUUGUGAAAACAAAAGUCAUACAAAGAGUGGGUUUGUUGCUCUUGUGCGUGCGGCCAGGGGACUCACACCUACACUUUUCCGACUGUCGGGGAUAAUGUGGAACCAAUGAUUUAUUGUGUAAAACGCAUUGGGCGAUGGAGGUCCUCAGCAUGGGCCUGGGUGGCUCUUUGGGGGUUUAUUUAGCCACGGGUUAACGAGUUGAAAGGGGAAGUGUAUUGGCUUCUUUUGAUAGGAUUUGCUGCCUGUUUAUUGGACAACUGUUCCAUUCACGAAUAGGAUCGACUGUACUGUAAAAUGCAGUUUUUAGUUGAAAAAAAAUAUUAAAGUUUUAUAGAUAUUAGGUAAAGGGUUAAAUGUAAAAAGACUGUUUUAUUUGCUUGGGGAAUGAGGCACUUUGGUGGCUCUAGCAACAUCAAACAGCGGCUCCGAAGCUUCAGCAACAGUAGAUGCAGAAAUGGGUGCAGUUGCAUGAGUGUGGCAUCAGGUUCUGGAUGUUCACCAAUUCAGACGAUUGAUCACGUGUCAAAAAGUGUCCAGUUGUGUGCUUUCGUGUCAUUUCGGUGGAAGUAUCCCAAAUCAAAAGUAUUGUAUCAAUGUUUUUUACGAGAAUAAACUGAUUUUGCAA